AUGGGUGGCUACAGGCUGCUACGUUUUUCAGUUUUUGUGGGUAAAAAUUUGUUGCAUCAGCUGUUUAGUCGUAUCCGUGCUAUCAGCGGAUUAAAGAUAAGUCAUCAGUUAAAAAUAGAAUUAAUUACCAAACUGAAGAUGGAAAAUGGAGGAGGCAGUUUGACACAGCACUUGUCUGCCUUGACUAUUGGCUCUAGUGUUAAUGGCUACACCAACACUAAUGGCAUGAACAAGAGUGAUGGAUUGUUUCAGGUUAUGAAAGCCGUUGAAGCUGCUGAGGCCACCAUCAAACAACAGGAAUGGAAUCCGUCAAAGGAAUUGGAAUAUGAAGGAACUUUAACCUGUCAAGUGAACGAAAUUCAAUCUGUGAUUUUCUGCUUGGUUUGUAGGACCCUCAACGAUAUUAGAAUGCACAUUAUGUUAAAGGAAGAACGAAUUGGUUUUGUAAUGAAAAAAACAAAUGAAGAAUGGCAUUCAAUUUGGUUGGUUUGGCAACCAAACAAGCCACAUAAUGGAAUUCGAGAUUCUAAUUCUUACCAAAUGCACUACCAAAAUGAUAUUGUUCUUCUUGUAAGGAUCAUAAAUAUGUUAACUAUUGAUGGGGCACAAGCUGUCAUUGAUGAUCUAUGA